CACAUACGUCCCAGCGUCUGUUUCAUAAAGUUUCCACUGCCACAAGUUAUUACCAGCUCCACCGUCAAGUUCCAUGAUUCCCGGCUCCACAUAAAAAAGCCACAAUCAAAGGUGUCGCUUCAGUCCUUCAACUGCAGAGCCCACUUCCGGUCCGGCGCUCCUUGUCAGCAUGUCUCAGAAGCUCUCCCAGCGCCACUCCGAGACGACGAGCAUUCGACCAAUAAACGAGACGGCCGUCAUUGGGGUGAUUCCUGCAGGUUUGACCGACAGCCCUAAAUACCCGAACGGAUGGUCAAGGAUCAGGGAAUAUAUACGGGAGCCCGCUGCAGAGUUCCUUGGUACUAUGAUCCUUAUUAUCUUUGGCUGCGGUGGUAAUUGCCAAGUCGUCCUGUCGUCAAAUACAGCAGUUUCUGCCACCGCUAAGGGGGAGUACCUUUCUCUUAACUUCGGUUGGGCUGUCGGUGUAGCUUUGGGUGUUUUGGUUUCUGGUGGAGUAUCCGGGGGUCACCUUAACCCAGCGGUAACCCUCGCCCUUGCCUCCCUCCGUGACUUCCCAUGGAGAAAAGUUCCCUAUUAUAUCCUUGCCCAACUGCUUGGUGCCCUUUGUGGCGGUGGAAUCAUCUACGCCAACUACUACCAUGCUAUUAAUGCUUACGAGGGGGGGUCUGAUGUUCGCACCAUCUCGGGGACGGGCGACCUUUUCGCAACCUACGCGGCUGACUACAUGACUUCGGUGUCCUGCUUUUUCUCAGAGUUUUUGGCAUCUGCUAUGCUUAUAAUCGCUAUUUUGGCUGCCACGGACAAGAGGAAUGGCCCAGUCUCUGUCUGGCUCGUCACACUCACAGUCUUUACUGCUAUUCUUGGUAUCGGUCUCGCGUUGGGUAUGGAGACUGGCUUCGCCAUCAACCCGGCGCGUGACUUUGGUCCUCGGCUCUUGACUGCUAUGGUCGGUUAUGGAAAAGAUGUGUUCACAUUCCGGAACCAGUACUGGCUCUGGUGCCCCAUUCUCGCCCCCAUUCUUGGUAUGCAAGUUGGAGGGUUGGUCUAUGACCUUCUUAUCUACACCGGCUCGGAAAGUAUCGUCAACAAGUCGAUCGUAGCACCACAGAGACACACGGGCACUCUCCCAGAUCACAAUAGAACGGCAAGCGGUGCGACCGCAGUUUGAUGAACACUCGCUCUGGCAUUUAUGACUUGUCAGUUUCCAUUUACGAGUUAUCACUCUAUUUCGAUUUACCUUGUUAUGGGAUUGUUUUACCAUUUGCUUUGGCUUGUAAGGUUCAAAUACAGUAUGACAUACCAAUGAUUACUAUCUCCAAG